CUGCCGUCCCCGCCGGGGCGCUGGUGGCGCAGGCGGCGGCGCGCUUUGGAGAGGCGGCGGCGGCGGCGCUCCGGCUCGGCUGGCCCGGGAGGCGGCGGGAGGCGAGCGGGGGCCCCGCGGGGCCGGCGGCGUGAAUGAAAGUUUGGUCCGAAUUCCGCGCCGGGGACUCUAACCGUCAUGUUAAGAUAAAGCAGAAAGGUGCAGUGCUGAACAUGCUAAAGAGGUUAGACAAAAUAAGGUUCAGAGGUCACAAGAGAGAUGAGUUCCUUGAUAUAGCAGAGUCUCCCAAUGCUUCAGAUACCGAGUGCGGAGACGAUGUCCCUAUGAAAAUACCUCGUACGUCAGGAAAAGACAGUGAUGAACUGAGAGACCCUGCUGGUCCUGGGACCAUCAACAUGGCUUCAGGAGUCCCGGAUUAUAAUAGAACAGAGUCUGAUAGAUUAAAUGAGAUCAAAGGCCAUCUGGAAAUCGCCUUGCUGGAAAAACAUUUUUUACAGGAGGAGCUCAGGAAGCUGAGAGAAGAAACAAACGCUGAAACGCUGAAACAAGAAUUAGAAAAAGAACGUCAGAGGAGGAUAGAGCUGGAACAAAAAGUCAAUGAAAUAAUUAAAACAAGAACAGAAGAGCCACCUCCUACUCAGCAGCCCACAAAAGCGCAGACACAAGCCAAUGGAACAGAUAAACGUAGCCACACGAUGUGCUCGAGAAUUCAAAAGUGGGUUUAUGACAAAUUUGGGGAAUACAUUGAAGACUUCAGAUUUCAGCCAGAAGAAAACACCGUGGAAACGGAAGAGCCGCUGAGUGCUAGAAGGCUUACUGAAAAUAUGAGACGAUUAAAGAGAGGUGCCAAACCUGUUACAAAUUUUGUGAAGAAUCUUUCUGCCUUAUCAGACUGGUAUUCUAUCUACACUUCUGCUAUUGCCUUUAUUAUCUACAUGAAUGCUGUAUGGCAUGGCUGGGCCAUUCCUAUGUUCUUAUUUUUAGCAAUUUUGAGGUUAUCCCUAAAUUACCUCAUUGCCAGGGGGUGGAGAAUUCAGUGGAGCAUAGUGCCUGAAGUUUCUGAGCCCAUUGAACCUCCAAAGGAAGACCUUACGGUGUCCGAAAAGUUCCAGCUCGUUCUGGAUGUGGCACAAAAAGCACAGAACUUGUUUGGCAAGAUGUCAGACAUACUAGAAAAAAUUAAAAACUUGUUUAUGUGGGUCCAGCCAGAAACCACACAGAAGUUGUAUAUUGCCUUGUGGGCAGCUUUUAUUGCAUCCUGCUGUAUUCCAUACAGGAUCAUUGGGCUUGCGAUGGGACUUUAUGCAGGAAUCAAAUUUUUUCUUAUUGAUUUCAUCUUCAAGCGAUGCCCAAGGUUGCGAGCGAAGUACGAUACUCCUUAUAUCAUUUGGAUCAAUUUGCCCACAGAUCCUCAGCUCAAAGAGAGGACUAACGCGACAGUUUCAAGAAGGCUUCAAACAGCAGCAUCAAGAGGUUGCCCAGGCGCAAGCACCCCAGCCGGAGUCAGCCGAGACGAAGACAGCAGCCGUUUCCAUACAACUAAGAGAGGCAACUUCCAUGAAGUCUUCAACCUAUCCGAAAACGAACGUCCUUUGGCAGUGUGUGAAAAUGGCUGGCGUUGCUGCUUGAUUAACAGAGAUAGGAAGAUGCCCACAGACUACAUCCGAAAUGGAGUGCUAUACGUUACCGAAAAUUACUUAUGUUUUGAAAGCUCCAAAUCCGGUUCCUCUAAAAGAAAUAAGGUUAUAAAACUCUCAGAUAUAACAGAUAUUCAAAAGUACAAAGUGCUCUCGGUUCUUCCCGGAUCUGGGAUGGGUAUUGCAGUCUCAACACCAUCUACUCAGAAACCUUUAGUGUUUGGUGCCAUGGUACAUCGAGACGAAGCUUUCGAGACCAUUUUCAGCCAGUAUAUGAAGAUAACUUCUGCAGCAUCCUCCAGCGAAAGCUAGUACAUCAUCUCCACUGGUUCUCCCAGGAGGACUUCCUUUUUUUAAUUUGGUUUACUCUGUUGGUCACGAGGGCAAAGGUGGAACGCCCUUCAUCAAUUCUGCAAUAAUUUCCUUCAUUGCACAUACCUUGUGUUACAUGAGCGUAUUUUAUAUAUGCCUUCAUGUUUUUGUUUUUUAAAGCUUUUGUAAAAAACAAAAAAAAGGAAAAAAAGAAAGUGCUAUCAUCACUCUUCGCCUUGCACAUUAAGCACUUUUAAUGUUUAUUUACUGGCAUUAGAAAAAAAGCUUAGGAAGCUAUUUGGCAGAAGUUGCUCGAGUCCCGACCAAGGGAGAUUCGUUGUCUAGCCCCGGGAUCCCGGGAUGUGGUGAUACAUUCUCUUCUUCCUCCACUUUCAGCCCAGCACUCAGUUGUGCAUGAUGUGUGAUGUUCAUGUACAGCAUAACUGAAUACAGGAUUACAGCCUGACAUUGUAAAACAAGUUAACAAGCUUGUGAGAGGUCACUGUUUUACUAAACUAAUCAAUAUAUAAAUAAUAUUAGUUGAAGGCAUAAAUAACCAAUAGUUGUUAUUCAAACAAACUUUCUUACUAACUCCUGUACCUUUCCAAAGGACGCCUUUCCAGGCAAGGCAAAGCCGUUGUCCUUCCCGCUGGCUGGGUUUCUGGCAUGGCAAACUGUAGUACCACGGAGAGGGAAAAGUUUGACAUUUUAAAUUUGGUUACCUCAGAAUGUGUCAAGCCAGCUAUAUUUCUGCUGAGAUUUACUCUGGAAUAUUUAGGAAUUCUUCAUUGUGAGUGGUUUGUGAGGAGUUACGCCUCAGCACAGUGAGAGGAAGGCCUGUUCCUUCCCCUCCCCCCAACCUUGUAUACUCCCCAGUAAAGGCAUUUUGCUACUGUGACAAAUGAGGGUGCUGUUUCAAUGGGACGCGUCAUUUGGAGCGAUUGGUGUCAUGCCUCUUUGUUUCAAGGGCCAUCUUUGCUGAUAUAGGACAGUGAGCCUGCCUUGUCUUCUCUGAAACCAGUUUUUCGUCCUUGACAUCCAGUAUCAAAAAUAUUUUAAAGUUAUGAUAACCUGUAUAUUCUGUGUACCAAAAGCUCACCUAGGGAGUCUUUAACUGCGCAUGAUUCCGGAAAAUCCAUAGUCGGGCCUUCACGGUAUUUUUAAAAGAUGUAUGGGACCCUGGUUUUGGAUUGCAGCUGUGAUGUGGGGAGAAGAGGGGGAUGUCUUCUCUCCCCGCCGCUUCAGCGCCAAAAAAUGCCCAUUCAUUGGUCAUUUUGACUGGUGAAACCAAGUGGAAGCUGAAGGCGGAACAUCUCUUCCCUUGCGCUGCUGCCCUGAUCCAAAUUAUUUCCCCCUAAAAAGAUGCUUGGAUGAUCUGAUCACAAAAUUCACAGCAUCGCAUGUGAAUUUAGGCCUCAGAAGUUCAGGUUUCCACAUCAGACUAGCACUACUACAAUGUCCAUGUUUACUUUCCCCUCUGCUUUCUUAUUUCAGUGACACACUUGAUACUUGCACAGAUUCUCCAGUUCUUUAAUGUACUCAUCACUGGACCUUCUUGCUAGCUUUCACACUUUUUUCUACCAUAACAAACUUUAAAAAUGACAGCUUUGGGUCAAGAACGAAUGGAAUGCAUAAAUCUUUUCUACUUUGCCAUUUCCCCCUUUCAGUUCACCUACUUCCAGUUUAACAACACCUCCCAACUGGUUUCUACUUGCUUGCCACGAUAAACGUGCUACUGCAAGUUUGAGGGUGGGGGGAGGUGUUGGAGGUGGAUUUUAAGUGGAAUACUAAUCAUCAGGGAAACUAUUGAGCACUCUUCCAAUAUAAAUAUACCUAUCCCCAAGUUGGAACGCCUUUUAAAAAGAUUCCUUUUAAAAAUCAGUUAUCUUUUUAAAAAGUAGGAGUAAAAGGUCCUCCUUUUAAAAAGCAGUUAUCUAUCCAUAAACUUGUUUUAACAUUGCAGAUAUAGAAAAAUGGGUUUGUGUGUACUUUUGGAUUCAGUACUUUUGGUUCCUCUCACCGUAGAAUGCUACUUUCCCACAUUGUUUAUGCUCUCGAAGGAAUAAUGAAUAAAUACAUGGGUAAAGUAAUCUGGAAAGAAUUUUACAGGUAAAUUUUCAUGUACUGAGAGAAUCUCCUGUCCAAAGGACUUAAACGUGAUUAAUCACUUUUGAAUUGUUUGUCUGAAUCUGAAAUAAUGGUAAAACACUGAUCAUAUUAAUAGAAAAAUGUUCUCAAGUAGCAAAUAUACAAGCUUCUGUAAAUUAGGCAAUAUAACUUCAUUUUUUAAAAAGAUAAGAAGAAUCGUGAUUUAUAUAUGUUUUCAGAUAAAUUGGGUGAAGGUAUUGGAGAUAGCAAUAGAAUAAUCCCAAAUCUGUUUUUUUUUUAAAUUAGGUUUGUCAAUUAUCAGCCCAGAAUUUAAACAAGGUAAUAGACUGUGGAUAAAUAAGCAUUAAAUUACCUUAAUGUUCUGUAUAACACAAAUUAGAAUCACCGCAUAUUGAGUUUGUCUGUGGCGGGGAGAGAUCCCUUGGGUGUUCACAAGCUUCUCGUUUUUUGAAAAACACAAUAUAUUUUUUACCGAGUAAACUGUUUUUUCUUAUUUUUGUAUCCUUUUUUUCAAAUGUAAUAUUUAUUGUCACUCUGAUCAGAAGAAUACUGGUUCUGGUGUAAAUCAGGUAACGGCACGUAUUACCUCCUCCCUUAUUGGCCAACUAAAGUAUUGUUUUAGAACAUGGAUUCUAGAACCCAUGAAAUCCUUUCCAGUUCUGACAUGAUGACACCACAAUACGCAACUGCGUGUAUUUUCAGAAGGGUAGUAAUAUCGAAAGGUAGAAUUCCAGGAUACCGGACAGUUUUUAAUCUCUCCCACCUCCUUUGAUAUUAGUGAUACAGGCUUACGUUCAGGAUUCAGCACUCUUGACAAUGCAAAGAUUAAAACAGAAUUGUUGAAGUCAUAAAUGUGGUGCAAACUGUAAUGCAAUGGUAGUUCAUUCCAAUAUCAAGCGAAUGAGGAGGAUCUCUGGAGAGCAAGUGACAGGCAUACUUGCACAUACUUUUGCGAAGUUCAACUUUACCUUGUGCAAAAGAACUGCUGCAAAAUUAACUGCUGUUGUGUGAUAGGCUCUUAAUUCCAGUGCUCCAAAAGUAGCUUGAAGACAUCUCUGCUUUUUCUUUCCUGUAUCUUGAAACGUUUUAACAUUUGUCAUCCUAUUGUAUGUUUGUAAAAUUAUUCUCAUGUAGAGUCUGACUUUAUCUCCUGACAUGGAAUUUGUGGUCUGGCGCAACUGAAUGCAAGUUCAGUAGUGCUACUUAAUUAUGAAGUGUUAUUUUUCAACAUCAUUUUUU